AUGCUUCGAGAGAGCUCCAAGGCGUGGAGCAACGGCUCCGAGGCCUACAGUAGCGACCCUGAGGAGGACGAAGAGGAGGAAGAAGAGGACAUGGUGUUCGGGGAGAACGACCAGGAUGGAGUCGCCGAUGAGAUGAUGGACCUGAGCGACCUACCCACCGCCCUGUUCGCGUGUGGCGUCCACGAGGCGGUGUUUGAAGAUGACGUGGACAGGGAGCGAUUUGAAGCAGCGUUUCGGAUCUACGACGACCAGGCCACUUUCCAGUUGUUCAAAAGCUUCCGGAGAGUCCGGAUCAACUUCACCACGCCCGAGGCCGCCGCCCGCGCUCGCAUCGAGCUGCACGAGUCCGAGUUCAACGGCCGCAAGCUCAAACUCUACUUUGCCCAGGUUCAAAAUGGCGACGAGGAUAUCGACAAGUCCUUCCUGGCGCCACCGCAGCCCGUUAAACAGUUCCUGAUCUCGCCGCCCGCCUCGCCACCCGUGGGCUGGAGUCAAAGCGAGGACGCCACGCCGGUCAUCAAUUACGACCUGCUAUGCGCGGUCGCCAAGCUGGGCCCCGGUGAGAAGUACGAGCUGCACGCCGGCACAGAGUCCACCCCAAGCGUCGUGGUCCACGUGUGCGAGAGCGAAACAGAAGACGAAGAAGCGGCACGGCCCAAGCAAGAAAUCGUGCAGACCAGACGUCCUGACGGAGCCCCGAAGGUCUUCAACUAG